AUGGAAGGAGAAGGGGAUUCGGAGGGUUAUGUGGAGCAGUUGCACCGUGAGAUGGCGUACCUGAGGGAGCGCAACGAAGACGGAAUGCUACGCGAAGCCGGCAUCGGCAUCAAGAGCGUUGUCAUCACGAGCGGCGGAACCGCCGCCGGCGCACAGGAGGUCGGUGCUGCCAGCGACGCAAGCGGCGCCGACGUCGACGCUGGCGCAGAGCAGGCCGAAACGAUGGGUCGAGGCAUGUUCGCGCUGCGCGACUUCAAGGCCGGCGACGUCAUCCUGGAGGAGAGCCCACUGGCCAUUGCCCCACGCGACUGCGUGGUGGCCCAGAUGCUGCACUGCUCCCAAUGCCUACGGAAGCUCGCGGCCUCUACGGCCGCCGUCGCGUGCCCACACUGCCGGCUGGACCCUUAUUGCAGCGACAGGUGCGCAGCGGAGGCCUGGGAGAGUCAUCAUCGAUUGCUCUGCGAGGCGGCCCAAGCGGACCCCGAAACCACGGGGCAGGCCCUUCGGGACUUCAACGCCCUAUGCCGCGAACAGGCCCGUGCCUACCCGCUCCUGAUCGCACGACUGAUCGCACAGCUCUCGACGGACGUAGCCAAGCUGGGUGCCGACGUGUCUCUGGAGGAGGCCCUGGAUCGACCCAAUGGCCUCUUCUCCCACCUCAGACACUUCUGUUCAGCUGACAUCGAGCCCCAGGGCUUCCCACCCGAGUUUUCGAUGCUGGACUACAUCUUCGGCCAAACCAACCUAGCCUCUCAUAUCCUUUCCACUUGUGCCGCUACCAUAUGCUUCCUUGACCCACGAUGCGUACUGGUGGACGAACACUUUUGCUUCUGGCUGUUCACCAUCCUCAUGCGGAACACGUUUGGGCUGUGGAUCGUGGAGGAGGGCGAGGCCGAGGGGGUGUACACGGAUCGGCGCGAGGACGGCGUUGCGCUCUUCCUCCACGCCAGCUACUUCAACCACUCCUGCACACCGAAUGUGGACCGAUGCAACAGGCAUGGAGACAAGCGCGUGGCCUUCAUCGCGUGCGCCGACAUCAAGAAAGGAGAGCAAUUGUUCAUCGAGUACGUGGACACGCGAGCGAUGGUGGACGAACGACGACAGGAGCUGGCGCAGCGGUACGGCUUCCUCUGUUCCUGCCCCAAAUGUUCAGUCGAAGCCACAGCAGAAGGCACCACCACCACCACACAAUGA